CUGUCUCUCUCUGUCUCCUCCUUUCCCUCUCCCUCUGUUUGUGUGUAUAUGUGUGUGUGUUUUUGUGUCCCACUCUCCCUCUUUCUGUCUCUCCAUCUGUCUGUCUCUGUCUCUCUCUCCGUCUCCAUCUCUGUCUCUGUGUGUGUGUUUCGUCUCCGUCUGUUUUUGUCUCUCUGUCUGUUACUCUCUCUCUCUCUCUCUCUCUCUGUUUCUCUCUCUCUCUCUCUGUCUCCUCCCCCUCCCUCCACUUUAUCUCUCCCAGGUGUUGUUAGCAUGUACAGGUGGUCCAUGACUUAUGACUGCAAUUGAGCCCACAAUUAUUUUUGAAAUAUUUUUAAACUCUUCACUCCCUGAUUGAGGAUUACUUCCCCAAAAGAUGGCUGCGGUGAUCAGUGGUAUUUCCCGGCUCUUUCAGCCGACAAUUGCAGUACUCUCAGCGGAGAAGAUAUGCCAAGGGACCAACCCAUGGUACUUCCUUAUUGGCCUUCGCAUGGUGACUUUAUUUUUUGCUUAUGGGCCUUGGGAGUCCCUCAAGGCCGACUUGGUUUGCCGUUGGCCCUCCAACAUUGGGGACAGAAAUAAAUUUUGUUCGGCCAUAUGCUAUAACCAGCGCUUCCCUGUCCCCAUCUCUGGUUUCUGGGUUUUCCACUUCAUUGCCAUCAUUUUCACAGUAGCCCUCUUGAAGUUUGUUUACGUUACAAAGAAAAGCUCCACAGACAAGGAUACAGAAGCUGCCCGAAGGCCCAAGCCCACUUCAGGGACCGAAAGUUCUCCCAAAGUGGGGGAAGAGUUUUCUUUCGGGGGCUGGAGAUAUGGGAUCUACAUCUUCUGCAUCGCCCUCCUUCUGGCAAUUGAUGUCGCCUUCAUCUGGACACUUCUGGGCCUUCAGUUACCCAACUUGAGUCCAGCGGUCACAAAUUGCUAUCCUAAUGACCCAGCCUGUCCCGACACAGCCCAGUGCGCUGUCACUGCCGUCAGUGACAAGCGGGCCAUCCUCUGGGUUUUGGCCUUCUGCUCGGCAGCCAACAUCCUCUUCUGUAUCGGUGUGCUGUCCGCACAGUGCUGUCAGGCCUGUGGUUUUUGCAGAGGCCCUGAGAAGGCCAAGCCGGCGGAAUAUGGCUGCCAUUAUCAUGGUGCAGGUUGCCCGGGUGACUGCGGUAGAUUGACAGAGGUGCUUAGCAACCGCGAGAUAGUCCAGGCAGGGGCAGCAAGGUGUGGAUGCCAGCCAGAGGGAGUCAACUGCUGCUGUCGGCAAGGCAAUGAGGGAAGCAGGGGCGUGGCCUGUGGUUGCCAGGACAACCAGCUUUGCCCCUGCUUCUUCAGUGAAAGCAACACAGGGUUAUCCUCCCUGACAGGCAGGGAGGAUUCAGAGGGGAAGCUCUUAAGAGGAGACACAGAAAUAGGGGGAGAAAGGAAAAAGUGGGGAGCAGGGGAGACCUGGAUGCAGGUGAACAAGCCUGCCAAGAUGGAGGCCCAGAGGGGCCAAGGCAGCCCAAGGGGGGGCGCCGUAGUAAAAAACAUGGCCAAAUAUCAGCCUCGGAGAAACUGGAGGUUGUAGGGUGUGGCAGGGCAGGAAAGUAGAUUUUUAGAUCUGCUGCCUUGAAAGUACAGUCAGAGUUUGCACAUUUCCCUGACGGAUUAAGGAAAGCAUCAUCCAGGCCAGGGUUUUGUUGGCUGGAGAAUUCUAGGAGUUGAAAUCCAAAUGUCUUAAAGUUUUCUAAGUUUGAAAAACACUGAUCUGGUGUUUACAAGUUCAGGCUUUUGCAGGUUGUAUGUGUAUAUACAUACCUACAUAUACACACAUACAUAUACACACAUACAAACACACAGACAUAUAAUUAUAUGUAUGUAACAUACAAUAUAUAAUUUUUUUUAUUAUUAUUUUUAAAAGGAAGAUAAAAACUAAGUAAGAAAAAGAAGAGAAAAAGAUCAAGGAGAAAGCCAAAAGUGCAAGAAAGAAGUAAAAGAAAAAUAGAAACAAAAUAUAUAACAAAGCAGUUUCUACUCUUCUGUACAACAGCUACAAUUACAAAUUCACCUCUUAUUCUACAGCUACAACAUUCUUCUUUUUAUAUAAUUUAUCCUGUCUAAUCAUCAGUCGUAAAUUCAUAAAACAAAAAUGAGUUCAGCCAUAAAUCAUAAGUACAUUUUUUCACCAUAAGGGGUUUCUAGUCAGCAAUAAACAUCAAUAUUGCCCUUCCUCUGAUCAACUUAGCCAUCUCAGCAAGUUCUGUCGUCUUGACCAACCAUUCCUCCAUUUUGAGUAAUGCUGAAUCUGGGUGUAAAUAUUUUCAUACAUGCUUAUAAUAAUUAUUAUGGUUUUAAAGGAGAUGCUAACACUCUUAUUAAUUUUUAUAAGUAUAUGUGAAAAUAUUUAUCAAAAUCCUUCAGUUUGUAUAUUGCUAAAAUAGGUCAGGUACAAGGUGAGCAAUUAUGCCACAGCCUUAUGCCUGCCACUCUGAUAUAUCACAGAAAGGGAAGAAGGGAGGGACAAAAAGUUAAAAGCGACAAAAUCAUCUUACAUAAUUUAAUUAGGUAAUUAUUGUCACAAGGCUAAGCCAUUAAUUAUUUUCUUGGAAAACAAUUUAUUUAUUUAUUUGCAAUCUCAUGCAAACAAUUUGCAACCUAUGUCUUCCAGCAUAGUUCAAAUAAGCUUACAAACAGAGAUAAAGAAAAAUUAACUAACAAAAUCAAUUAAAAAAAGUUAAGCAUAAGACAAAAUGGCUAUGUAUAUAUAUUUUUAAAGACCAAUUAAAAAUCACAGUCUUUAAGAUUAGAACAGACAGCAGAAUUAAAUUUCUCAAUGCUACAAAGUUGCAGUAGAGAUACUAAAUGUAAACAUACUUACUCCAUACUUCUAAGUCCUUCCAAAUAUAAAUAUGGUCUUAUACUGAUAUGAUGCAAUCUUACUUUUCCCAAUUUCUUGUGAAGGAAUAGGCACCAAAUUAUUUAUACUAAAGGCCAUUCCUGAAUUCCUCCAGUUGAGGAAGGGCACAUUGGUGCAAAAGACAGCUGAGUAAGAAUAUAUAAGUAAGUUUGAAUUUAAACUAAACUUUAUCACAAUGAAGAGUUAUUUUCUCUUCUACUAUAUAUGUUAAGUAGAUUUUUGUUACAGGUAAGUCCUUGACUUACAAUCAUUUGUUCAGCAACUGUUUGAAGUUACAACAGCAUUGAAAAAAGUGAUUUAUGAUCAAUCCUCACACUUACAACCAUCACAUGAUUAAAAUUCAAGUACUUGACAACUGGCAUGUGUAUGGAUGAUUGCAGCAUCCAAAGGUCAUCUGAUCAUCGUUUGCAAGCUUUCCAGCCAACAGGUGACAAGCAAAGUCAAUGAGGGUUCUUAACAACCUUAUGGUUCACUUAACAAAUGUAGUGAUUUGCUUAACCAUCAUGUCAACAAAGGUCAUAAAAUCAGUCCUAAUUCACUUAACACCUGCCUUGUUUAGCAAUGGAAAUUCUGAUUCCACUUGUGGUCAUAAAUCAAGGACUACCUGUGUUACCAGUUACUGGUCAGGUGAAUGAUAGUUGUGCUUAUCUUGUUAACACCUUAUUUUUACGCUGAUUGCAAGUCUUACAUUUCAUAGUCUCCUGAAACUUGAAACUCUUGAAAUACAAUAUAUGUAUACUAUACUGUCUUCUUGUCUUGUGUUUGGGAAGGCAGGAUGAGGAAAGAUUGAAGAGGAAGGGAAAAUCCCCUAUAAUUUGAUAUGACCAAAGCCUGACUCACCUAAAGCAACCAAAUCACUUCAAAGAUGCAAUAAAAUUUUAUUAGCAUGCAAACAAUAAAACAAUAUAUUCUAGGCUUCCAGCAAAGCAUUGUCAUUUUGCUGACAGCCCUGAUCAAAAGCAGAACCAGUACUUAUAUAUCCUUGUCUUCCUAUGUUGCAAAGGCAGAGAAAACUGCAAAAAUAGUGGAAAUGUUGAUGCAAAUAUGAUCAAGUUGGAAUGCUUUCAAUAAAUCCGUUUGGGUGACAUUAUUAUUAUUAUUAUUAUUUAUUCCUUCCCACUAUGUCAACAUGCUAGCCAUACUAUCUCUGAAAUAUACAGUGAAUAUACAGGUAGUCCUUGAUUUACAAUCGUAAUGGAGUCUGCCCAUUAUGGUUAUAAGUUGUGACUGUUGUAAAAUGGGUCAUCACAUGACCAACCUGAUUGUAUGACUUUUUUUUUUUGCAGUGGUCAAUAUGUGAAUCAUGAUGGUUGUUAAGUGAAUCUGUGGUUGUUCAGCAAACCCAUUGUUUAUGAUGGGGUAUUUUUGACAAAAACUGGAAGAAAAUGCCAUUUUUGGGCAAAUUUACAUGGGACACUAAAAGGGAUCAUAAGUGUGGGCUAGUUGCCAAGCACUUAAAAUGUGAUAAUGUGACUAUAGGGAAGGGGGUGAUUAUCUGUCACAACUUUGAACUGGGUUGUAAGUGCCUUUUGGGGGAUGUGCCUUUGAAUGGUUGCUAUGCAACCAGUCUAGUGGUGGGUUGCUACUAGUUUGCCCCAGCGAACUGGUAGCGAUGGUUGUGGGAGGCUCCGCCCACCCAGCUGGAUGCUUCUGCGCAUGUGCAGAAGCUUCUGUGCAUGUGCAGAAGUGUUGCAUGCACACGCGAGUGUGCAGCCAUGAAUGAACCAGUAGCAACGGGUUUUGAAACCCACCCCUGAACCAGUCAUAAGUUGAGGACUGCCUGUAAACAAUUUGGUUUCCUGGGCCAAAGGCUCCUGACUGAUUCCUCUUCCUCAGGGUUUUUUCAUCUUGCUAUAACUGUUUUCUUACAAUAGGUCUUUAAGCAGUUCAUGUGUGUUUCUGGAUUUGGGAGGGGAUCUCAUAGGUUUGGGAUUACUUGUAUGAGGAGGGUUAGGGUUUUCCACCAAUAAUUGAUUCCUCUUAUGGAGAUAACAAAUGCUCCUAUACAUAGUUUGCAUCUAGUUAGGAUAAGUUCCUUAUUCUGCAAGUCCUUUAUUAUUUCAGAGGCAUCAUAAUCUCAUUUGUUUAUCCAACAACCUCCAUUAAUGAGUCAUCUGGUUAUCUAAGCUGACAAAAUGCUUUUAUGUGGAGUGCACCUAUCAUUGGUUGAGUUAGACAAAUCAUCAUAAAUCACCAGAAACCACACCAGAUGCAAUCACUAAACAGGGAACAAAAAUGGUGUUUCCAACUACCUUGCAAACCUCUGCCUAGCAAGAUUGACAUCCAGUUGCAUUUUUUUUAAUUGACAUAAAGGGGGAAUUAUUUAUUUGUUAUUAAAUACGCAGGGAGCAACCUUGUAAGUGCCUUCAUUUAAGUGUAAAUAAAAAUAAAAAUGUAAAUAAAAUAGAAUUUAAGGUGGUUGUUUUAAUCUUGGAGUUGUCAACUUUUGGAAAUGUACCUACCUCCCACUCUAGUUUAAAUGCUCGGUUAUUCAAUGAACAGAAAACUAGACCAGCCGAGAGAAUUACUAUUGCCCCAUUGCCAGUUCUUAUUGCACUUCUGUUGUCUUUCUACCUAGUCAUUGCAGUCCCUCCAAAUUUACGGGUUACAGAUUUUAUCCAUCUUAAAGUUACCAGUGUAUGGUGUGGAAGUAACACAACUUUGUCAUAACUGUGACUAAAAUAGAAGCCAUAAAAUCUUGUGAUGGAACUUGAAUUCUUAUCCUGCCUUUAUUAUUUUUUAAAUAACUCAUGGAGUGAACAUACUCCUUUUUUCUGCUAUUUUCCUCACAGCAGCCACCUUGUGAGGUGGACUGGGCUGAGAGAGAGAGAGAGAGAGAGAGAGAGAGAGAGAGAGAGAGAGAGAGAGAGAGAGAGAGAGAGAGAGAGACCCAAAAUCACCCAGCCAAUUUUCAUGCCUAAAGCAGGACUAGAACUCAUUGUCUCCUGGUGAUUGGCCCAAAGCCACCUAAUUGUUUUUCAUGCCUCAGGCGGGACUAAAACUCUUCGGGUGAUUGGCCCAAAGCCACCCAACUAGCUUUCAUGCCUAAAGCAGGACUAGAAUUCACCAUCUCCUGGUGAUUGGCCCAAAGUCACCCAGCCAGCUUUCAUACCUAAAGUGGGAUUAAAAAUCACCAUCUCUGGUUUCUAUCCUGCUGCCUUAGCUACUAGACCAAAUUUAAUUAAGCGGGUGAGGGAUAGCAAAGGACCAAUUCCCGCCCCUUCCCUCUUCUCUUUGAUCUUUCAGGCUGAGGGUAUCUGGAGCAUCAGUUCUUGAGUAAAACAAACAGGCUGGUGAACUUGGAGAAGACUGUCCUGUAUGAAUACUAUGGUAUCCUGGCCCAUAACAUAGCACUUUAUAAAUAAAACCAGCCUCUUGAACUGUACCAAGAAACAUACUGCAAGCCAGCAAAUAUCGCCUCUCUUCUCCCCUCCUCCUCUCCUCUUCUCUUCUCUUUGUGCCCUUUCUGUGAUAGCCCCAACUCUACGGAAGACCAUUUCUGCCCAUAGUUUAGUACAAGAUGGGCAGCUACACAAAUGUUUUAAAUACAUACAUACACACAUUCUUACCAGCCAGGAUGUGGCUGUUGCAUUCUGUGCUAAUUUCAGUUUCUUGUUUGUCUUUUAGGCUGCCACAGGUGAGUAUAUUCCACCAUCCCACAGGUUCUUCGGUUUUCCCCUAAAAAUUAAAAUAAACUAUGUUUAGGGCCAGCAUCAUUUUUUCCACAGUUGGCAUCCAAGUAAAUCCAUACUGAGCAGAGAACCACAUGUGUUGGGUAAUUAAAACUUUGUAAUGUAUGAUUUUCUGUA